CCUUACUCUCUAAGUCACACCUGCAUAAUCUAACCCUUCAACCUUCUAAAAGCCAGCAAAAAGAUUAAAUUCCAUAAGAGGCCUGCAAAAGGGUAUUGUGUUUCUUUAAUUAAUUUGAUCAUCUUGCACCAAAUCUUAUUAGAGCACCUGCAGGUUAUUUAUUUUGUCAUGGCUAUCUCGAACGGGGUUCUUGUACCCUUCAUCGUCUUCUUGGUUUCAACGUUUGUGUUUUCCCCGGCUAGGGUGGUGUUUGGGGAGCAGAGUGGCUUGAACAGACCCGAUCCCUUGCGCCACUUAAAAUCCUACAAUGGAGGCUACGACGUCACAAAUAAACAUUACUGGGCUUCUACGGCAUUUACAGGAGUCCAUGGGUACGUGAUUGCAGGAGUUUGGUUGCUGUGUGGCCUGGUAUUUACGAUUUGCAUAGCCUUCUUGAAGAAGCCGAGCAUUAGGAGCACUUGCCCCAUUAAACACUUCUUGGACCGUAACUUCAUCUUAAUGUUCAUACUCCUCCUCCUCUUUACAAUUCUAGCCAUAGCGGCAUCAAGCUUGGUGCUGGUAGAAAAUGAAAGAUCAAUGAAGAGAACAGAAAAAGUGAAGGGAGCCCUCAUCGGGGUGGCUCAAAAUGCUCGACGAACCAUCCGAAAAGUAACAACCGCAAUGGGAAAUAUGCAGUACCUUUUGCUGCCUUAUGAUCCAGCCUUGGCAAGCAGUUUGAAUGUCACAUCCCGUCAGCUUGGAAAAGACUCGCAAGAUAUUCAACGUUUUGUUGAUAAAAAUGGGCAUACAAUUGAGCGGAUUAUUCAAACCCCGUAUGUUGCUCAUAUUGUGGUUGUAGCAGUCAACUUGGUCUUAUUGGUCGCUGCAACUGUUCUGCUGUUGCUGCAUUGGUACCCAGGACUUGUAAUUGUAAUCUUUUUGUGUUGGAUAUUAACAACUCUAAUUUGGGUCUUAACCGGCUUUGAUUUCUUUCUUCAAAAUUUUGCAAAAGAUACAUGUUCAGCUUUUGAGGGUUUUGAACACAACAGCCACAACAGUAGUCUAAGCUCCAUUCUUCCAUGCUUAGAUGCUACACGCUCAGAGAAGUUGAUGGGUCAAAUUGGCUACACCAUACACACUUUCAUAAAUAAGUUGAAUUCUAAAGUGACAGAAAUUGCUAAGACGCUUGGAGUAAACGAAGAAAAUGAUGAUUCAGUUGGAUUUCUACGUAUAUGCAAUCCUUUCUCCGGACCACCUAACUACACCUACGUACCACAAAGUUGCUCAAACAGUGGCAUUCCAGUUGGAAAGUUACCAGAAGCCAUUUCAGGAAUCACAUGUUACCAAAACAUGGAAAAUUGCAAAAGAAGUGGAAAACUUGUUUCCCAGGACAACUACAACAUGGCCUGGGCUUUCAGCCACUCUAUUCAACAUUUUCUAGAUAUAUAUCCAACUCUGCAGAGCUUAUCAGAUUGCACCUUCGUUAAGGAUGGAAUUUCCGAUGUCGUUUCGCAUCAAUGCAAGCCAUUUAAGAAUUCACUGAAAAUACUAUGGGUCUCCAUGCUAUCCCUAGCCAUUUCCAUGGUGUUUUUAGUACUAAUUUUGGUCAUCAAAGUUUUUCAAGAUAGGGGAAGAUGUUUCACUAAAUUUGCCAUCAUCCCUUGCUUGCCAGUGACUCCAUAGCUAGGAAAGUUAAAAUUCAAUUGGGGAAGAACAAAACAAAACCAAGAAACAAAGAAGUAGGAAAGUCAAUUAUAUAUACAUUCUUUCUCCUCUUUUCUUUUAUGUAAAUUCCAAUUGGAAAGUAAAAAAAUGUACUUCAUUGUUGUCGUAAGACAUUUGGUUAAUCCAUGGAAAUGAAAAUGUAUAUACAAAAAGUACUUAGCUGUAUCUUUUUCUCUCUUUGAGAAUUGAAAUUUAUGCACAGA